AAUGGAAUGAUCGACCCCCCGCGUUGUGGACUGUACUUUACUCCCUUCACGUCAGCCCGACUGUCGGCGCUGCGGUUCUUUCCUCUUGUCUCGCGAGAUUUACCUCAAUCUCGCAGAUUACUUUCGCGGCCAUUGUUCCCGUGUCUAUAGAAAUCACAUUGGGUUUCUUUUGCUUCCAUACUUGAUCGAGGGAGCGUAGAUCUCUUUGUCUGUUGACGGGUACAUAGUCCAGUCACACCCACCACGAAGCUUUGAUCUUGGGCAUCUCACCUUUGGAAAAAGACCACAAACAACCAGGCAUCCACCUUCAGCAUCCACCCAAAUCACCCCGGGCGAAUCUUGACCCAGUCGCAACAUCCACAGACGUUGAUUGUCUACGAGAUCUCCCUGCACACCAGUCCUUACCGACCGACGAACAAACAUGGCGCAAAACAAACAAGACAGGGCAAUGAACCCGACCGCCCUUCUCCUCAAGGAGGAAGGCAACAGGCGUUUCCAAGCCGGCGACUACCUCGGCGCAGAGGCUUCAUAUUCAAAAGCCAUAAUCGCCGAUUCCCUCAGCCCGACCCUCUACACGAACCGAGCCAUGGCGCGCCUCAAGCUCUCGCAGUGGGACUCGGUCAUCAGCGACUGCCUCGAGUGCCUCAAGCUGGCGCCCAAGAACAUGAAGGCCCACUACUACUGCGGCAUGGCGCAGCUGGAGCUGGGCAACCUGGACGAGGCCCACGACCACUCCAAGCUGGCGCACUCGCUCGCCUCGGCCACCAACGACCGCUCCCUGCACCAGGUGCUGACGCUGCUGAUGCGCUGCAAGACGCUGCGCUGGGAGCAAAAGGAGAAGCGCCGCGUGCGCCAGGACGCCGACCUCGAGGCCGACCUGCGCGCCAUGCUCGAGAACGAGCGGGACCUCGCCGUGCGCCUCAUGACCGAGAACGGCACCAGCGAGGCCGCCGCCGACGAGGUCAGGGCGGAGUACGACGCCAAGAUCGACAGGCUGGAAAAGGUCUUUGAGAGGUCGCGCGCCGCUGCUGACAGGAAGAGGGUGGUUCCCGAGUGGGCCAUUGACGAGAUCAGCUUUGGGGUCAUGGUCGACCCUGUCGUUACCAAGAGCGGCAAGUCGUACGAGCGCGACACGAUCCUCACACACCUCAAGACGAACCAAACCGACCCCAUCACCCGCGAGCCGUUGCACCCGUCCGACCUGCGCCCAAACCUCGCGCUCAAGGAGGCGUGCGAGGCUUUCUUGGACGAGAACGAGUGGGCUGCCGACUGGUGAUUAUGGUUUUCUUCUUUCUUUGUCUUUGGCGAUAUUACAGUGUACGAGCGUCUAAUUCCACCCCACUCGAUAUGCGGCACACGGCGUGGCUUUGCAUGGUCAGGUUAUCACAUCUCAUAGCACGGCGUUUGGAGUAAAAAGGUGUCUGUUCUAUACCUUUUGUUUGUAUGAUGAUGAGCAGAUAACAUAGUUACAUGAUAUCCUUGUUGGCCUUGUGUUUGUUUGUUUGUUUGUUGGUCUUGUUUAGCGCUAUCUGAAUUCGCGAUAUUGUUCAGUCUUGACGGGCAAGAUUUGCUCGAUAUUUUGCAGUACAUGUAAAUACUGGCUACUUGACACUGAACCUCAUGAUGGCUCCGUUGACCUAAAUGGAACGUGUCAAUCUUGGCGGCCAGAUGUUCGUGGUAUGGUGCUUGAUGAGCUAUCGAGCAAUGACUACUGAGGGUAGCUGGUCAAACACAACCAAGAAAGACCACUAGCGCUACUAAACAGUCAGGAUAGCGUAGCCAUGUUUCGGGUCAAAUCCCGGCCUUGAGCGUCUUCAGACGACACUGGACCUUGCAAGACCGAAUUCGGCUCGAAUCGUUUACUUUGCUUUGCUUGACUACUGUUCAUUUUGUAUUGUGACCGUACAGUCCAACUAAUCUACAUAUAUUCGUGUAUAAUAUACUCCUCAUGUGCAAG